CCACCAAUGAAGUCCAGGAGCACACGCGCUGCGUGCGAUUCGCCCGCGCUUCAACAGCACAGCCAAUCAGAGGCGCGGAUCCUGAGGGGUGACCCUGCACUUCUCCGUGUGUUAAGAAGAGCGUGAGGACAGCCCGGAGCGUGCGCCAAAGGGUAUCAGCAAUGGAGGCACGAAAAAAUGAAAAGAAUGAAGCUAAAGGAAAAGGAGGAAACAAAGCCUUACAGGUUGACAGACCGGAGAUCAUGCCUCAAGCAGAAAGGAUACCCAACUUCAGUGCCCUUCCCCAGGCAGUGAAGAGGAGAGUCUACGCUCUGAAGAGACUGCAGGUCCAGAGUGCUCAUAUAGAGGCCAAAUUCUAUGAGGAAGUCCAUGAGCUGGAGAGGAAGUAUGCUGGUCUCUACCAGCCCAUCUUUGACAAGAGGAGAGAAGUGGUGUCCGGAGCAGUGGAGCCUACAGAUGAAGAAUGUGAGUGGCACAGCGAAGGGGAGGAAGAAGAUCUGGCUGAGGAUCUGAAGAAGAAAGCUGCUCUGGAGGAGAAGAAGGAAGACGCUGCUCCUGCUGAGGACCCAAAGGGCAUCCCAGAGUUCUGGCUCACCAUCUUCAAACAUGUGGACAUGCUAGGAGAAAUGUUACAGGAGCAUGAUGAGCCAAUCCUGAAGCACUUGCAAGACAUAACAGUUAAAUUUUCUGAGCCUGGACAACCAAUGAGUUUUACAUUGGAGUUCCACUUUGAGCCCAACAGCUUCUUUAGCAACACUGUACUCACCAAAAUGUAUAAGAUGAAAUCGGAGCCUGAUUCAGCAGACCCCUUUUCUUUUGAGGGCCCAGAGAUUGUGGACUGUGAGGGCUGUAAGAUUGACUGGCAGAAGGGCAAGGAUGUAACAGUAAAGACCAUUAAGAAAAAGCAGAAGCACAAAGGAAGAGGGACAGUGAGGACCAUCACCAAGGAAGUGCCCCAGGAUUCCUUCUUUAAUUUCUUCAACCCAGCCAAAGCAUCUCCAGAUGGGAUGGAUGAGGACCUGGACUUCACUCUAGCCACAGAUUUUGAGAUUGGUCAUUUCUUCAGAGAGAGAAUCAUCCCCAGAGCAGUGCUGUACUUCACAGGAGAGGCUUUGGAAGAUGAUGAGAGUUUUGAAGAGGAGGACCUUGAAGAGGGAGAAGAGGAGGACCUUGACGAGGAGGGUGAAGAGGAAGAUGAAGGAGAUCUUGACCUCACAGCAUGAUUCAUUUCCACUCCAUUCCAUGCAUUCCUAGAAAGAGCCUCAACCAGCGGAGUGUAAACAGCAGUAAAGAAGCGAGACGGUCACAGCUCAUCUCUACAGUCGGAGUGAUCUCAGCCCUGCAGGACCUUCCAUCUACUCUCUUCAAUCAGCGCAAUAUGAAUCCAGAUGCCAUUUAGGAAAAUGCAUGAUCAUGUAUGAUUUCUGAUUUAUGUUUACGUUAUGCAGAGAGAACCACCUCUGCAUUCUUCAAAUCAAGGACAUUUGUUCAGAAACAAAAAUAUUGUUUGUCUACAUGCAAGUUCUGCAGUUCUUUUUCUUUCUUUUUCUUUUUUUAUGUUAAGGCCUUUUUGUAAGCUCUCCUGUGUUUGACUGGAAGUUCUGUACAAAGAGGUUGUUCUGUCCCCAAAGCACGUGCACUGUUAAAAGUAUACGUUUUUGAGGUUCUUUCACUUAAAACUGUGGAGGAAAAACAUUUUCUUCUCAAUAUCUUGUUUUAAAGGUUCCUCAAAAUAACUUAGCAGUUAAAUUACAAAUCAAAUAAAGAACCCCCAAAAGUUCCUCAAGGAACUUGUACAGUGUUAGUCAAAAGUUGCAAGACACCCUUUUAUUUUUAGAAAUAAAUUACGAAAUGUGGUGGCUUUCAAGAUGACAGCCAUGUUCUUGACGUACAGCCUAAAAGAUCCCCUUACCCAUUACUUUCUGGGUUAUUCAGAUACAUUUCGCUUCCCUUUUGUGUCUGAAAGAAUGGUGUCCUGCAGCCUUUGACUCUUUAAACACUUUAAACAGUGUACUCCUGUAUUUUCUUACCUCUUCCUAUCUUUUGCUAGACUGUAGCCAUUGUUUUGUGAUGUUAAAGAAUUUCAAAUUCACCCGUUGUUCUCAUCACACCAUGUAGGUCACUCAGGGUUUUUUAUACCAACACAGUAGUUACUGUCAACCAUGAAACUAAACUACUGUGAAUUUAUCCUGUGAGUUUAACAAAAGGAAAAUAUAUAUAUAUAAAUCAUCUGUUACAGCACAGUUAUUACUGUUAAGUGUUUGGGAGAAUUUGAGCCGACGUCUUCAUGUCUUGUCUCGUAGUACUGUAUGAAAGCAGCUAUAAUUUGCCGGCAGGGUUGAGGUCAGUUAAUUUUCAGCUUAGCAGAGCAGCCAGCAGUUUUAAUCUACUGCAUGAAUGCCUGUAUUAAAACAGACAGGUACAACUGAAAUUCAAAUCAGUCUCAAGUCCAAAAAGAGAUUUCUCUCUCCUCUUCUUUUUUUUCUUCUUCUAUAAGCUAUACUGAUAGUGACUGAUCUCAGCCCUGCAGGCCUGAACAAGCCUCACUCUUUUUUUUGGUAGGUCACGACAGCUCUUUCCUUCAGUGCAGGUGUUCAUGUAAAAACGGGCAAAAUUCAUUUCUUUUUUUCUUUGGUUGUUUUACUUUUUUCUUCUUCUGUAGAUUUGAACUUAUUUUGCGAGCACUGGUUAUUCUUUAUUCUUUCUAUUUACUUAAACGAUUUGCUUUAUUAAGUUUAAGUUUAUUAAGUUUGCUUUAUUAUUUGUGUAAACUAAAAGUUGCCAAUGCGUUUAGGUGUUGCUAUGAGAAGGUGACUUAAGGUGGGAUUUGUGACAUGUAAUUCUUCAUUAUCUUCAUUGUGAGUGAUCAGAAACUUCUGGGUGAAGUGUAGCUUGGUGAAUGUUAGCCUCAUGGCCUUCUUUUGCACAUCAUACCAUGAUAGACCUCAAAAAGAAAUAAAAACAAAAAUGUCCUCAUUUGUCUUUGUUAUGAUAAAAAAAAAUAAUACAAAAAAUACAGAAGUGUUGAUCGCUCAGAAUGAACCAUAUUAGGCAAAAGGCCUAAACAUCAUGGACUUUGGUCAUUAGGUUUGUAUUUUCAGCUGAAUUUCUAUCAUUUUCUGACCAUUACAGUGCAUUACAUGCACAAAAUCCCCUUUUUUUAAAGCUGAUUAUUAACUAAGGGUAGAUCUUACAUUCACUGCCCCAGUAUUAAAUGUAUGCUAGUAAUGGCCUUCAUGGGAUUUGUUUUUUUUCUGGGUUUUAAUGCAAUAUUGUUUUUGAUUUGUAUAAAAUAGUCAAGAGAAUUCUAUUAAACAUUGUGUAAUGUGAUAAACA